AUGAAGCCAGGGUGGGCGCUGGAGAUGAGGCCGGGCAUGACGAAGCCGCUGGACCACGCCCGCACGGUGUCCCCCUACCACAGCUUCAAGAAGGACGACUUCACCUCCGAGGAGGUCUAUCUGGGCAACCGGUGCCACGGGCACCACCUGGAGGGCCUCAAUCUCGAGAUCACACCUGCUGGUAUGCACUACCUUCUCAUCCACUUCGACAUCCCCACGGACAUCGAGGAGGCCACCUACCGGCUAAAGCUCCGCGGGCUGGUCGACCGCGAGCUCGACCUGUCCAUGGCCGACAUCCGGCGGAGGCCCCGCGUCAGCGUGCCAGUCACCAUGGAGUGCGCUGGCAAUGGCCGCAUCAACAUGAAGAAGCGAUAUUGGACGCACGUGCCGUGGAAGUACGGGGCCGUGGGCACGGCGGUGUGGACGGGCACGCCGCUGAAGGACCUCCUCGAGGAGGCCGGCCUGCAGGACAAGGCCAUCGAGCUCCUCUUCACCGGCCUCGAUCAGGGCGUGCAGGGCGGCGAGAUGCAGUACUAUCAGCGCUCGCUCACCAUCGACGACGCCACCCGCAACGAGGUAGAUGCGAUGAACGGGCAGCCGCUGCUGCCGCAGCACGGGGCGCCACUGCGGCUCAUCGUGCCGGGCUGGUACGGCAUGACCAACGUCAAGUGGCUCGACUCCAUUGAGGCCAUCUCGACGCCCUUCGACGGCUACCAGAUGCAGGCCUACAUGUACACCCGAUACCCUGGUGACAAGGAAGGCGAGAGGAUGAGGCGAACGCGAGUGAAGAAGUCAGGCACGCCGGGAGGCACCAUGAGCGAUCGCACCUUGAGGUGCCUCGUCGAAGAAGGCAACGUCAAGCUGAAGGGCCGUGCGUGGGCGGGACCGCUGGCGGUGAAGCAGGUGCUGGUGAGCGUGGACGGCGGCGUCACGUGGGCCGAGGCCACACUGGCCGCCAAGGCCGUGGGCAAGUUUGCCUGGAUCGCGUGGAGCUUCGAGUGGCGCAACGCGCGCGCCGGCGCCAAGCACUUCCUCAUGACCAAGGCCAUCGACGAGCUGGGCAACGUGCAGGACAACGCCGAGGAGUGGAACUACUACGCCAUGGGUGCUACGGUGCCGCAGUCGGUGCCCGUCGUGGUGGUGAGCUCGGCCGAAUGGCGCAUCACCGGCAAGCCCCUGCCCAACCCGCCUCGCCACCCCAAGCUCUAA